AUGAAAUUGAAAAACAACUUCAAGAAGUUUAAAAAUAUUUUAAUAAAUAAGCAAGAAGAAGUUAUUCCAUAUACAGGAAGAACAAUUAAAGAAAUAUUAAAUGAUGAAAAAAGAGAACCAAACCAAUUACCAAAAGCAAUUGAAAAAAUGUUUCAUUGUAUGUAUGAAAAAGGGUGUUAUUGUAAAGGGAUAUUUCGUGAAAGUCAAAAUGCAUCAAUAAGGAAAGUUGAAGAAUUAUAUAUGAGAAUGAGUGUAACAAAUUUUGAAGAUAUUCCAGUAGAUGUUAUCGCAAAUGUCUUAAAGAAAUUUCUUAGAAAUUUACCAGUUCAUAUUAUUGAUAAUGAAAUAACUCAACAAAUAUUUUUUGAAUGGAGUAAAAUAAAUAAAAAUGAAAGUAUUCCUGAAUUAAAAAUAAUUCAAACUAUUCAAAAUAUUUUAUCACUUCUUCCUAUUGAACAUCAAACAAUAUUUAAAGAGUUAAUGAAAUUAUCAUAUAAAAUUAUUUCAUUUUCUGAUUUAAAUUCAAUGAAUUCAAAAAAUCUUUCAAUUUGUCUUUCAACUAAUUUAAUGACAUUAAAUGAACCAGAACAAAUAUCAAAUACUUAUGACUUUACAAAUGACUAUACAAUUUGUAUUGACUUUAUUUCAUUUUGUAUUUCAAAUUAUCCAUUAAUAUUUCCAAAUGACGUUGAUGAAAAAUUAAAUAAAAGAAUAACUUAUUUAUUCUCUUCUGAACAACAAUCAAAAUUAUUUUCUGAACAAAAUAUAAAAAUUCAAAGAAAGAAAACAAGUAAAUUAACUGACAAAUUAUUUAAACCAAAUGUUGUUGAUGGACCUAAAAAAAUUGAUGUAUUUGAUAGAAUAACUAAAAAACAACAAAUUAACCAACAACAAAAUCAAUUAAAUUCACAAAAAUUAAUUAUUGAUAAAAGUUUUCCUUCAAAAGAUGAUCAAUCCACUAUUAGUCCUUCUCAAAAUCUUCAUCAAAAUUUUAACACAACUUCACCAAAAGAUAUUAUAACUUCUAGGUCUUCUCAAUACGAUUCUUUAAGUUCAAUUAAAAUUCAAUUACCAAAACAGCCAAGAAGUACUUUUGAUUUUGUAGAACUUCAAAACCAACAAAAAUUAUCAAAAACUACACCAAUUAUUGCAUUAGUCAACCUCCCUGACAUUCAAGAAUCACAAACUAAAUCUCAAGAUGAUGGUACUACUGACAACGAACCUAUUGACAUUUCUUUCAAAAAUCCAGAAUUAUCUUUUAACAGUAUUGAUAAAAUGAUUUUUGAAGAUAAAACAGAUGAGAAUGAAAAUAAUAAUCAAAACGAAUUCAUCGAAAUAACUAAAAAGGCUUUGGACGACGAAAAAAAAAUACACCAAGAAGAAAUGAAAAAAAUUGAAAAAGAACAGAGGUUAGAAGAAUUACCUCCUAUAAAUACUACAACUAAAAAUGAACAGCAUAGUUCAUUAAAAUUUACUUACAACGAAGCUAUAGGAACAUACACAAAGUCAAAUCCAAUUUUUAAGGAUUAA